AUGAGAGAAUGGGUCCUAGUUUUGUCCACACUGCUCUGCGGCCUGGCUGGCCCCUUGCACUUGUUCCAGCCAAGCUUGGUGCUGGACAUGGCCAAGGUCCUCUUGGACAACUACUGCUUUCCCGAGAACCUGAUGGGGAUGCAGGCGGCCAUCCAGCAGGUAAUGAAGAGCGGUGAGAUUCUGGGCAUCUCAGACCCUCAGACCCUGGCCAACGUGCUAACUACCGGGGUGCAGAGUUCCUUGAAUGACCCACGCCUGGUCAUCUCCUACGAACCCAGCACCCUUGAGACGUCCCAGCAAGCCUCCGCAUUCACCAACCUCCCCCACGAUGAACUGCUGCUCCAGGUGCAGAAGAACAUUCGCCAUGAGGUCCUGGAGGGCAACGUGGGUUAUCUACGAGUGGAUGACCUCCCGGGCCAGGAGGUACUGAGUGAACUUGGGGAGUUCCUGGUGGCUCACGUGUGGAGGAAGCUCAUGGGCACCUCCGCCUUGGUCCUGGAUCUCCGCCACUGCACCGGGGGCCACGUCUCUGGCAUCCCCUAUGUCAUCUCCUAUCUGCAUCCCGGGAAUACCGUCGUGCACGUGGACACCAUCUACGACCGCCCCUCCAACACCACCACGGAGAUCUGGACCUUGCCCAAGGUCCUGGGAGAGAGGUACAGCGCUGACAAGGAUGUGGUGGUACUCACCAGCAGCCGCACGGGAGGCGUGGCCGAGGACAUCGCCUACAUCCUCAAGCAGAUGCGCAGGGCCAUCGUGGUGGGUGAGCGCACGGAGGGGGGCGCCCUGGACCUCCAGAAGCUGAGAAUAGGCCAAUCUAACUUCUUCCUCACGGUGCCCGUGUCCAGGUCCCUGGGGCCUCUGGGUGGAGGCGGCCAGACGUGGGAGGGCAGCGGAGUGCUGCCCUGCGUGGGGACCCCAGCUGAGCAAGCUCUGGAAAAAGCCUUGGCCAUCCUCACCCUGCGUCGUGCCCUGCCAGGGGUUGUCCUCCGCCUGCAGGAGGCCCUGCAGGAUUACUACACACUGGUGGACCGGGUGCCAGCCCUGCUGCACCACCUGGCCAGCAUGGACUUCUCUGCCGUGGUCUCCGAGGAGGAUCUUGUGACUAAGCUCAAUGCUGGCCUGCAGGCUGUGUCUGAGGACCCCAGGCUCCUGGUGAGGGCCGUUGGGCCCAGGGAAACAUCGUCCCCGGGGCCUGAGAUUGGGGCCGAGGAUGCCCCGGAAGCAGUUCCCGAAGUGCCCAGCAGCGAGGCCGCCCGGAAGGCCCUGGUGGACUCUGUGUUUCAGGUGUCAGUGCUGCCGGGCAACGUGGGCUACCUGCGCUUCGACAGGUUCGCCGAUGCCUCUGUGAUCAAGACGCUGGGCCCUUAUGUGCUGCGCCAAGUGUGGGAGCCCCUGCAGGACACAGAGCACCUCAUCAUGGACUUGCGUCACAAUCCCGGGGGACCGUCGUCCGCCGUGCCCGUGCUGCUGUCCUACUUCCAGGACCCCGAGGACGGCCGCGUGCACCUCUUCAGCACCUACGACCGCCGUACUAACGUCACCCAGGAGCACUUCAGCCACAGGGAGCUGCUGGGCACACGCUACGGCAAUCAGCGCGGCGUGUACCUGCUCUCCAGCCACCGCACGGCCACCGCGGCCGAGGAGUUCGCCUUCCUCAUGCAGUCCCUGGGCUGGGCCACGCUGGUGGGCGAGAUCACCGCAGGCAGCCUGCUGCACACCUGCACCGUGCCGCUGCUGGACACACCCGAGGGCGGCCUGGCGCUCACCGUGCCGGUGCUGACCUUCAUUGACAACCACGGGGAGGCCUGGCUGGGUGGCGGCGUGGUGCCCGACGCCAUCGUGCUGGCCGAGGAGGCCCUGGACAAAGCCCAGGAGGUGCUAGAUUUCCACCGCAGCCUGGGGGCCUUGGUAGAGGGCACUGGGCGUCUGCUGGAGGCUCAUUACGCCCGGCCGGAAGUUGUGGGGCAGGCAGCGGCCCUGCUGAGAGUCAAGCUGGCGAAGGGGGCCUACCGGACGGCGGUGGACUUGGAGUCGCUGGCCUCGCAGCUGACCGCCGACCUGCAGGAGGUGUCCGAAGACCAUCGAUUGCUGGUAUUUCACAGCCCCGGGGAGCUCGUGGCUGAGGAAGUGCCCCUGCCACCACCUGCGGUGCCCUCUCCAGAGGAGCUCUCCUACCUCAUUGAGGCCCUGUUCAAGACAGAAGUCCUGCCAGGCCAGCUGGGCUACCUGCGCUUUGAUGCCAUGGCUGAGCUGGAGACGGUGAAAGCCAUCGGGCCGCAGCUGGUGCAGCUGGUGUGGCAGAAGCUGGUGGACACAAGCUCGCUGGUCGUGGACCUGCGCUACAACCCCGGCAGCUACUCCUCAGCCGUCCCCCUGCUCUGCUCCUACUUUUUUGAGGCAGAGCCCCGCCAGCACCUCUAUUCAAUCUUUGACAGGGCCACCUCGAAGGUCACAGAGGUGUGGACCCUCCCCCAGGUUGCUGGGCAGCGCUAUGGCCCCCAAAAGGACCUCUACAUCCUCAUGAGCCACACCAGUGGCUCGGCGGCCGAGGCCUUUGCUCACACCAUGCAGGACCUCCAGCGGGCCACGGUCAUCGGGGAACCCACAGCUGGAGGGGCUCUCUCGGUGGGCAUCUACCAGGUGGGAACCAGCUUCUUAUAUGCCUCCAUGCCCACCCAGAUGGCCCUGAGUGCCACCACUGGCGAAGCCUGGGACCUGGCUGGCGUGGAGCCUGACAUCACGGUGCCCAUGAGCGAGGCCCUCUCCACAGCCCAGGACAUAGUGGCCCUGCGUGCCAAGGUGCCCACAGUGUUGCAGACAGCUGGGAAGCUGGUGGCUGAUAAUUAUGCCUCCCCAGAGCUGGGUGCCAAGAUGGCUGCCAAGCUGAGCGGUUUGCAGAGCCGCUAUGCCAGGGUAACCUCAGAAGGGGCCCUGGCUGAGAUGCUGGGGGCUGACCUGCAGAUGCUAUCCGGAGACCCACACCUGAAGACAGCCCACAUCCCGGAGGAUGCCAAGGACCGCAUUCCUGGAAUUGUGCCCAUGCAGAUCCCAUCCCCUGAAGUCUUUGAAGAUCUGAUCAAGUUUUCCUUCCACACCAAUGUGCUGGAGGAUAACAUUGGCUACUUGAGGUUCGACAUGUUUGGGGACUGUGAGCUGCUCACCCAGGUCUCUGAGCUGUUGGUGGAGCACAUCUGGAAGAAGAUUGUGCACACAGAUGCCCUGAUCAUCGACAUGAGGUUUAAUAUCGGUGGCCCCACCUCUUCCAUCUCUGCCCUGUGCUCCUACUUUUUUGACGACGGUCCUCCCAUUCUGCUAGACAAGAUCUACAGCCGGCCCAAUGACUCUGUCAGCGAGCUCUGGACUCACACUCAACUGGCUGGUGAACGUUAUGGCUCCAAGAAGAGUGUGGUCAUCCUGACAAGCGGCGUGACAGCAGGCGCUGCUGAAGAGUUCACGUAUAUCAUGAAGAGGCUGGGCCGGGCGCUGGUCAUCGGAGAGGUGACCAGUGGAGGCUGCCAACCACCACAGACCUACCACGUGGAUGACACCCACCUCUACAUCACCAUCCCCACGGCCCGCUCUGUGGGCUCCACAGAUGGCAGCUCCUGGGAAGGGGUGGGUGUGACGCCUGAUGUGGCUGUCCCCGCGGAAAUGGCCCUCACCAGGGCCAAGGAGAUUCUUCAACAGGCCCUGAGAGGGUGA